AUGGCAGACACAGGUUAUGAAAUGAACCGAUUGGACUUAUCUCCGUUCAACGAUGCAAUUCUUUUUAAUGAUAUCGCAGAGAUUAUUAACGAUUUUGACAGUAAUACGUACUCACCCGUACCGAGUGAAAGUGAAAGUGACGAAAACAUCGAAGAUUUAUUAACAGAAUACCAACACUAUUUAGAUAGAGCUCACAAACAAAAACAAAAUUACGAGGAAAAGGCCAAAACUAAAAACAGGAUACCAUUAAGACGUCAAGAGAAAUAUUCGAAGAUUAAACCUUUCUCCAACAAUAAGUAUGAGGAUUAUUUUAAUUCCUUUUCUAACACAUUCCAUCUUCCAGCGAGGCCUAUUAAUAACCAAUUAGAUCUAUUUGUUCCUUUGAACCCAGAUUUGAGUUAUUUUAAUAAACUGGAGUUAAGUAAUCCGGCAAAGAAAAAUAAUCAAGAGAACAGAGAGAGACCAGUAAUCAGUGAAAAGAAAUUUAUGAAUUUCCCGUCUCCUUUCCCCGUAACUGAUUAUAAUUCAGUAAAACAACCCUGCAUCUGCAAAGAUAAUCGAAUGCCAUGCAAUUGCAACUGCAAGCACUGUUUAGUAUCAUUAGAUACCACUAUGUACGAGAAUACCGAUCAAUCUAAACACAUAGAUUUUGAUGAUAUCAGAAUUCCGGUUUACGGCGGGUCAGCACUGUUAGGUGGUAAUAUGUUAGAAAAACCAGCAUUUUCAAGUCCUUCAUCAGGAGUAACCGACAAUGAUCUGAAUAUCCAUAUAAAAGUAGAUAUACAACUACCAAAAAUAUUAGAAAAUAUUCUAAAAUUCAAAAAUCGUAGCCAGGAUAAAACUAUAGAAUCCGAUGGGAAAAAUUCUAAAGAAGUUCGGAUUCUAAUGAAUUCACCGGUAUCCAAAUUUAAUUUUCCUGUACCUUUUGAAAUUUUUGGUCUGAGAAAACCAAUGCAACUUAACAAAGAUGAUUCUACAACUUUACAUAAAAUAAUAAUACAUAAGAAAAAGAAAACAAAAUUAAAUAACAGUGGUAAUAAAAAACAUAAAAAGAAAAUAAUAACUUUCCACAACAUUAAAAUCGAACCUCAACAUUUCCCACUGAUUAAAAUAGAUGAAAAUAACAAUAACAGUAACGUUAAUCGCGGGAAUGAAGACAGCAAACUGAGACCGCAAUUGAACCUUCAAUUCAAUAAUACUCAAAAAAUUGAAAAAGCAACUUUCAAUCAAAGCGUUACUACAUCGAGGUCUAUAUUUAAUGAUAGUAAAAAUGAAGAAAGCAAAGCUGAAAUUGCAACUGUAGCUCCCGUUACAAUUUUUAAUAAAACAGACAAAUUUGAAAACAGUAUAGAAACAGAUUACGUUAAUACUAAAUUAAAUAUUUCUACUGAUGCACCACAAAUUUUACGAAUCAGACGUUCAGUCAUAUAUCAAAAAUCAUUAAUACCCAACAAAAAUAACGCAUCCAAGGGAACGUUCACAGAAAAUAUAAAAUCAGCGUCAACAAGUAUGAAAGAAAAUGAUUUCAAAACUUUGACCGUCGAUGCGGAACUUCUAUAUUGGCCAAAUAAUACAAGAAAUUAUAAUUCUACUACUGUCAACAACAUUACAGAAAUAAUUAUAGAUAGAGAAAACAAAAAGGUAAAAUUAAACAUGUCUCAAGAGAUCAUACAUAAAAACCAUACGAUGGCUCUUGAACAAGCUAUAUUUGGAAAUGUCGACUGGAAUGAUGUCGACACUGUAGCUCCUGUGUUUAUGUCCUUUAUGGGCAAAUACAUCAGAGGAGUCUUGACAUUUUGCUCCCAAAAAAUAUGUCAUUCUAUGAAAUGUUCUGAGAAGACCUGUAUCCACAGAAUUUGUUUACCAGUAGACAGGUUUAAUCAAAAAGGUCAUUGCGCCGGAUCAAACACAACAGAUAGCGUGGCUACAAUGGAAACGAUUAUGGAUUUACCAUCGAACAUAGCAUUCGAAGUUGUUGAUAUUUUGCAGGAUAAAAUGUUGGGCAAGAUGUUUGGAAAGGUGACUCUUUGUAUCAAUUCGAAGUGCAUCAGCUUGGUAGCGUCAAAGAAAAACUUUUUAAAGGCUAAAUGUUCUAUUAAAGAACUGAAUUCAUCAGGACACUGUUUGAACUUCAAACACUUUAAAGUUAUGUAA